CUGAUACUUCUGUGCAGUGGUACUUCCUUCAUUUGUACUUGGAUUCUCUUCGUUUAAAUUCCCCAGUAAGAGUCCUUUGACAGAAAGAUUCAGGCACAGGUUCCAUCAAACACAACAUCAUGCUGAUCGAAGAAUCCUACAAAGAUGUGCCGACCACGGUGGCCGGGAAGGGCACGAUGCGCAUCUUCCUCAUCCAUCCCACAAUCGCAGGAUACCCUCACGCAAAGUUCCCCGGCGUAGUGGUGUUUUCGGAAAUUUAUCAAGUCACCGGCCCCGUCACUCGGUUCGCUCGUCAGAUUGCUGGACAAGGCUACAUCGUCGCCUUGCCUUCAUUCUACCAUGAGUUCACCGGCCCCGAACCUCUCUCGUACGACGGGCCUGGCACUGACGCUGGCAACACGUGGAAAAUCACCAAGAAAGUCGCGGCCUACGACGAGGACGCACAGCUCACGGUGUCGUUCCUCUUGGGGCUGAAGACGUGCAAUGGCAGAAUCGGAGCCACGGGAAUGUGUCUCGGAGGUCAUCUUACUUACCGCUGUGCACUGGAUCCCCGAGUGACUGCGGCGCUGUGUUUCUUCGCCACGGACAUCCACAGUUCCACGUUGGGUGAAGGAAAGAAGGAUGACAGCUUGAAGAGAGCGGGUGAUAUCAAAGGAGAACUGGUCAUGGUCUUUGGCAAGAGUGACCCUCACGUUCCGGCGGAGGGUCGAGACCUGAUCCGCAAGACUCUUCACGAGGCGGGUGUCGAGUUUUCCUUCUACGAAGUCUUCGCCGCUCAACAUGCCUUUAUGUCGUGCUCGAGACUAGAGAGUACCUGUUCGGAUCGUUGUAGCACUGUGACUUUUGAUCCCAGCCGGGCAAACAUCUGCGCUGCUUCCAGCGCAAUAUAGCCACCACCAAGGACGAGGAGCGACUCUGGUCGCUUCGAUUCGAAGUAUGCGGUUUCGUUGGUCAGGUAAUCGAUCUUAGCAAGGUCGUCAACCAGUUGGCUUGGAAGACUGGUGCGGACUCCAGAGGCAAUUAUCACGCGAUCCGCGGGCAGAGUCUGAAAAGGAGCCUGAUCCUCAUGGCUAGAGCGGACUUCAACCGCUAAUUGACCCACACUCUGGACAAGUUUUCCGAGU